CGGACCAUGCCGCGUCUAGCCCGAUCCAUGCUGCCCCGUCAGAUGUCAUUGCCGCAUCUGGACGGGGCGUCGCAGUCGUCGAUAUGACGUAGAUGGGAACAACCAGACAACACCCAGUCCAGCUAACCAGAUUCCCCAACCACAGAAACCAGGGCAGAGCUGCCUCGGAGCGGCUAAGAAACGGUGACACCAUAGCUCGCUCAGGAGGAGCAACGCCAGGUUUGGGCAGGGGACGGCCCCGGCUGUGCGGGCGUAUAUAAUAUCAGCUAGCAGAGGCCAAUCAAUCCCGUCUCUCGUCCCCCUCCUCCAGCUGUGACACACCUGCCCCCCCAAAACACCCAACCCCUCUCCUCAAUCACACCAGAGCUCAUCAGCUUCCUUCGAGGUCUGAUCCGAAUUGAUUGCCAUUGCCAUCCAACGCAGUCCGACAAGUCCAUACACACCCAGUCGCACUCAGGCCAACGACCUCUUCACCCAUCCCGCAAAAACACCACAUCCACAUCCACAUCCAAUCAAAAGCAACAAUGUCCCGAUCAAGAGCCCCCCUCCUCCUCGGCCUGACCGCCGCCGGCGGCGUCGGCUACUACCUCUACGGAGCCGGAGGCAACGCCAAGGUGGCCGAGAAGCAGUUCGAGGCCGACGUCCACAAGGCCUCCGCAAAGGUCAAGGCCGAGCUGCCCGGCCGCGGCAAGCAGUACGAGAAGGAGGCCGAGGCGACGGGCAAGCAGGCCGGCGCCAAGUUCGACGAGGCUCUCGCCAAGACCCAGGCCGAGCUCCAGAAGGGCAAGCAGGAGGCCGCCGCCUACGCGCGCGACGCCAAGAACGCCACCCUCCAGGAGAUCGACAAGUUCGACAAGAAGGUCGAGGAGAAGGCCAGCCAGGCCAAGUCGGGCGUGUCGAGCUGGUUCGGCGGGAAGUAAGGGACGCAGACAGUCGGUCUCAUGGGGAGAAGAAGCUGCUGGCGUGGAGGAGACGAGUUUACUUGUUGUCUGUGAAAGGAUGAUUUGAGCCAAGGGGGCUUUUCUUCCCCCCCCCCCCCCUUUUCUCUUUUGACGAUUCUAUACUUGACAUGACCGGCGUGCGACGGCAUAAUGGAAUUCACGAUACUUUAAUGGCAAUUGCAUUUUAUAUCCUCCG